AUGGAGGGAUACACGAGCGCAGCAGAAUCAUUUAAAAAUGGCAUUACGGAACCUGUGGCCGAGGUAAUCAGCGAGGAAGAUGUCAAUAUGUACCAAAUAGUCAGUGGCAUUGUUAAUAGAUCGCUUACGAAAGUCAUCGCAGAGGCUACAGCAG